ACUUUGCUUCUUCCAUUUUUUUUAAUAUUUGAUUUUAGGUUGGAUGGACGGAGAUUUCGAGCAUUGUUUAAUGUUUGCUGCUAUUGUAUUGUUAUUUAAUCUUUUUUAAUACGCUUCUGUUCUGUUUGCACUUCGAGUAAUGGUUGGUUGGUAUAUUUCUAGGUGCUAGUUUCAAUCUGGAUGAGUUGCUCGUUAGUGAGCUACUGUUAUAAUCUUGCCGGGAAAAAUUUUCAACUAUUUUAAAUUGAGUUCAGAUAAGAUGUUUGUACUUUCGAUUCCGACUCCAGUUCUAAUUUAACAGGAGAAAAUGCCUUCCUUCUGAUGGGUACUUGACUUUCAGCUUUCAGAGCACAGACCCAUAAUCCAAGUGUACUUUCUUGAUGAGGCACUGUAUUUGGGGUCGACCUGGUGUAGUUCAUUGGAAACUUAUUCAUAUUGUGUCUACGUCAACACUUAAUGGUUUUGUGAACUAUUCUCUUGCAAAGUUUAUAAUCAUUGAGUGGAAUUGCAAACAGGAGUUGUGUAGCUGACAUACAAAGUUGGGAUAAAGGCUUCAUCAAUUGGUUGUUAAACAACUUUAAUUUGAGAAAGUUUUGAUAUUAUGUUUUGCACUAAGAUUGAUAUAAUGUAAAUACUAUAUUAAAUAUAAUAUCUUAAAGUCUAGCGUUUUGGUGAAUGGCAUUGCACAAGCAGGCGGAUUAGCUCCCUCAUUUUUUUAUUGUGCCGGCAGGCCUGGGCGAGCGAAUCAUAUUGGAGGGGGACCUGCGUUUCUUUGUCACAAUUUUUGUACAAUCAUACCCAUGUUUCCUUUAUUAGUUUAUAUAUUUGUAUACGUCUCUGAGUACCUUUUGUCAUCAUGGUUUUUGGAUCUUAUUUAAAUAUGAUUUCAUGGGCUGUGUAAUAUAUGUUUAUAAUUGUCCCAAUGUAUAACAUCCAUUCUAGACAUUUGUAGACUUAUCACAGUUUGCUUCAUUUAUCCCAAUGAUCUGCAGAGCUGCAGAAACUAAUGAACAUGUAUGGUAGACCUUUACAUCAUUUUUAUGAAAUUGUAGGUAUAAAUUUCUGAGAGAUGCUUGGGGCUGGCUGUUGGAUGUAUUACUGUGGAAUGAAAAACUGUCCACUACAAUAUUCUUAAAUUUCCCUGGCUUCAAAUGGGUUCCACACCCAUGACAUGUACUCUCAAUACACAAGACGGUCUCCAUGUCCAUAAAGCCUUAAUUCCUUGGAUCUAUAAGUGGUGAUCAUGUCCAUAGGGUUGUUGUGAAAUGACCAACCCAAUGUCAAUAAAGCCGGUCCCACCAAUUGCAGUGAUUCCUGAAAAAAGUGGGCCACCAAGGCCUACUUGAUGGGCCCAUAUGAUGAAGCUUUUGAGGCAAUGCCGAGUGCUUUUGCUCCCAUAUUUCAUGCUAGAGCAAGUUGAGGGGGACUGUAAUAGUCUCCUCUUCAAUUGAUCAAACAAUACACUGGGAGUUACCGAAUUGUGGAGUACUAACAAAUAAACACACCUACUCUUUGCAUCCCGUUGAGAACAUUUGGAUGUCCUGUACGCAAAGUUCCUUCAUAGGAUUAAAAUCCCUUUACAACCUAGUAUAUGUUAGUUUGAAUAGCAGAGCAUAGCAGAAAGGAAUAUAUUCUUUACUGUAUCUGCAUCUCAUUUAUCUCUACGAGGUGCCAGACGAAAGAAAAUGAUUUUAGAAGGGAUAUAAUGAAAUUCCUCGAUUAAUUCUGGUUUUCAUUCCAGGUACAUUCCAAGUUUGCUUUGAACAUUUUACUAGUUACCAUCUUAUUGAUCAUUGAUGGAAGGUCUAAUCUAAUUGAAAAGAGUGAAAAUUAACAGAAGUUUUACCACCUUUAACAUCAAUAUGUGUCCCAGUUUGCGUUAAUAUCCCCUACUUGAACAUUGUGAUGGCAGUUAUCCUCCCUGUUUUUUUCUUUACUCCCUAUCUCUGCCCUUUUUCCCUUUCUUCUUCUUGGAGUCUGGGCUCCUCUUGAAUUUUAUUGCUCUCUUACUUUUCCAAAGGGGGGAAAAGAGUAUAGCUGUCUGGUACAUUACACUUUAGGCAUUUCUGUUGCCGAUCCCAGAUAGAUUUUUCUUUUCUAUCAUUACCAGAAAAGUUUCUACCCUCAUUAUAAUUUAAAAAUUUUCUGGUUUAUGCUGUCAGUUUAAACCUGCCAAAAUCAUAAUAUUAAUUGUGAACAAUGUGACGAAAUGUUUUUAAAUGCUAUAGCUUCAUGAACCUCUUGUUACUGGAUGGUAUGCUUAAGCCGGAAAGAUGUUAGUAGCUAUUUAACUUAGGCAAGAGUUCUUUCAAAAAUUAAACUGCAAUUUUGGUUGUUAACUUUUGUGGAGAAUUAGAGUUUCACUUUUAUAUUGACAAGAUAUCUUCCUUCCAGAAAUUUUAUGACACUACAAAGUCAGUGGAUCCAAAGUGCAGCAUUACACGUAUACUCCUUUUGGAGACAAUUUGAAGAUCAGGUCCAACAUGAUGCUUGGGGCAGUUUGGGGAGUUUCUGUUGGCCGAAACCCAUACCAAUUCCAAUCAGCUGCCAUCCAAAUCUUGCUUUUCGCUGCUCCUAUUUCUACUAAAAUUGCACUUCUUAAUAUUAGUUUGGGUUAUCUUAAAACUUCUGGUUCUGCCUUUUGAGGGAAACAGGAGUCCAGUUCUCAAAGAAUACGGACCAAGUUAGGUACUCCUAUUUCUUCAAAUUCUUCAGAUUCCAGGUUCUGUAAAGAGGGCCUGGAAGGUAGUACAGACAGGGAGAUGAUUGAAGGAAAGGCAUUUGCAACAGACAAGAGUUCUAAAUUGAGGCAUCUUCAGUGUGUGCAGCAUUCCGGAGCUGAACUCCUUAUAGGAUUUAUAUCAUCAUAUCUCUUGUUCAGACAGAAUUUGUCAAGUCCCAUCCAUGCAUUUGUGAAGAUGGUCCGAUGCUUGCUUCCCUAUUUGUCGCAAGCCUUUGAGGCAACAAGCUCGCCUUUUGCCUGUAUAUCUAAUUCCAUCAACAAACCUACACCUCUGCAGUUGGAUGUAUCAUUGCCAUCUUUUCAAGAUAUUAAGUGGAAUCUUGCACGGUUACUCUAUUUAUUUAAUUUGCAACUUGAGAGAAAUGUAGCCACGAUCUUUGUAGCACUCUUUGUAGCAUGCUUCUCAUUUGUUAUCAUUGGAGGGCUCUUAUUCUUCAAGUUCAGGGGUAGCACACAAUCUCUAGAGGAAUGCUUUUGGGAAGCCUGGGCAUGCCUUUGUUCAUCAUCUACUCACUUAAGACAAAGAACACGUGUUGAACGCGUACUUGGUUUUGUGCUUGCUCUAUGGGGCAUAUUAUUUUACUCCCGCUUAUUGGGCACGAUGACAGAACAGUUUAGGAAUAAUAUGCAAAAGAUCAGAGAAGGAGCACAAGUACAAGUUAUGGAGGCUGAUCAUAUUAUCAUUUGUGGAGUAAACAGCCAUCUGAGCUUUAUACUGAAGCAGUUAAAUAAGUAUCAUGAGUUUGCAGUCCGCCUUGGUACUGCUACAGCUAGGAGGCAGAGAAUUCUUCUUUUGUCUGACCUUCCAAGGAAGCAGAUGGACAAUAUUGCAGACAAUAUUGCCAAAGAUCUUAACCAUAUUGAUGUCCUUACAAAGAGUUGCAGUCUAAGCCUGACAAAAUCCUUUGAAAGAGCAGCAGCCAGUAAGGCACGUUCUAUAAUUAUAUUGCCGACAAAGGCAGACAGGUAUGAAGUUGAUACAGAUGCAUUUCUCUCUGUAUUAGCCCUUCAACCUCUUCCAAAUAUUGCUUCUGUUCCUACAAUUGUUGAGGUUUCAAAUUCCAAUACAUGUGAACUUUUGAAAUCAAUUUCUGGGUUGAAGGUGGAGCCAGUUGAAAAUGUUGCAUCGAAAUUGUUUGUUCAGUGCUCUCGGCAAAAGGGCCUCAUAACGAUCUACAGGCACUUGCUUAAUUAUCAGAAAAAUGUAUUUAACCUUUGCAGCUUCCCUAACUUGUCAGGAGUAGACUAUAGGUGUGUAAGGCAUGGAUUUCAAGAGGCAGUUGUUUGUGGUCUUUAUCGGAAAGGGAAGAUAUACUUCCACCCUAAUGACAAUGAAGUGCUGACGGAAACCGAUAAGGUGUUGUUCAUAGCAACUGUUGAUGGGAAAAGAAAACCACUGGCUGUAUUCUCAGAUAUUGUCAAAGAAAAACAAACUUCUCAAAAACUUGAAGUUCCUGAAAACAUUGGCGAGUCUACUGAUUAUGCCUUGGAAUUAAAAAAGGUACGGCUUGAGAAUAUUGUGCGGCGGCCUUCUAAAGCAGGUUCCAAGGCUUCAGAUUGGAGUUUAGGACCGAAAGAAUGCAUACUAAUGCUUGGGUGGCGCCAAGAUGUUAGUGAAAUGAUUCAUGAAUAUGAUAAUUAUCUUGGACCUGGAAGUGUAGUGGAAAUAUUAUCAGAUGUGCCUACAGACGAGAGAAAUAAGGCCCUUAAACUUUCCAGCUACAGUAAACUGAAACACAUCCGUGUUUCUCAUAAGAUGGGAAAUCCCAUGAACUAUGAAAUCUUGGAGGAAGCGAUAUUGAAUAUGCGUAACUCUUUUCCGAAUGGAGAGCAUUUUUCAAUUGUUGUAAUAUCGGAUAGAGAGUGGCUUCUUAGAGAUUCAUCCAGAGCAGACAAGCAGUCUGCAUACUCUCUCCUUCUUGCUGAAAAUAUCUGCAACAAACAUGGUGUUAAGGUGCAAAACCUGGUUGCAGAAAUUGUUGACACGAAAUUGGGCAAACAAAUUGCUAGAAUUAAGCCAUCCCUUACAUACAUUGCAGCAGAGGAAGUAAUGAGCCUUGUAACUGCUCAAGUGGCAGAGAAUGGUGAACUGAAUGAAGUAUGGAAAGACAUUCUUAAUGCAGAGGGAGAUGAAAUAUAUAUCAAGGAUAUUGACCUUUAUAUGAGAGAAGGGGAGAAUCCAUCAUUUUCUGAACUGUCUGAAAGAGCAAAUUUGCGGCGAGAAGUUGCAAUUGGCUAUGUCAAAAACAAUAAGAAGGUAUACUAUUUUCAUUUUCAGCUCUUUUUGAAAUGGCUUCUUUUCUCAUCCAUAAAUUUUUCAUGGCAGGUUAUAAACCCAAAUCCCAAAUCAGAGCCUCUUUCUCUGGGAAUGACAGACUCACUAAUUGUAAUCUCUGAACUUGAAGGGGAACAACCCAUAAUUUUAUAGAUAUACAUUUUAUUCAUUAUUGUUCACUUUUCCUUCUCAUACUUUCGGGAGCCUUUUUCCUGUUCCCAUUUUUUGCAAUGUGACGAUUGUAUUCUUGUGAACACAUGAACAGAUCCUAGAAUAAAAUAAUAGGUCUUGUGCAGGAUUAUUAAUUAAAACCUGCAGAGAUGUCAACUAGUCUACUACUAAAAAUUUCAGUUAAGUUGCUUUUA